CUAUGUGAUCAAGAAUUGGUGUACCAAGAUUUUCUCUCAGGUGAGCAUACAACAGAAAAAAAUGGCGAGGAAAGGGAAAGAAGUGUUGAACGCUUUGGACGCGGCCAAAACGCAGAUGUACCAUUUCACAGCGAUUGUAAUCGCGGGUAUGGGUUUUUUCACUGAUGCUUACGAUCUUUUCAGCAUCUCUCUCGUCACCAAGCUCCUCGGCCGCAUAUACUACCACGUUGAUGGCUCCAAGAAGCCUGGAACGCUCCCUCCAAAUGUUGCUGCUGCUGUUAAUGGAGUUGCCUUCUGCGGGACCCUCGCUGGCCAGCUCUUCUUCGGUUGGCUCGGUGACAAGCUCGGCCGCAAGAAAGUUUACGGUAUGACCUUGAUGGUCAUGGUACUAUGUUCACUCGGGUCUGGUCUAUCAUUCGGUCACUCAGCUAACGGAGUCAUGGCCACACUUUGUUUCUUCCGGUUCUGGCUUGGUUUCGGCAUAGGUGGCGACUACCCUCUCUCAGCCACUAUCAUGUCGGAAUACGCCAACAAGAAGACACGUGGCGCGUUCAUAGCAGCCGUCUUUGCUAUGCAAGGCUUCGGAAUCUUAGCCGGAGGAAUUGUGUCUCUCAUCGUCUCGAGUGCAUUCGACCAUGCGUUCAACUCACCCACCUACGAAGUUGAUCCGGUUGGGUCCACUGUUCCUCAGGCGGAUUAUGUGUGGCGGAUUGUGCUAAUGUUUGGAGCUAUUCCGGCGUUACUUACUUACUAUUGGCGGAUGAAGAUGCCGGAAACCGCUCGAUAUACCGCUCUUGUUGCUCGGAAUACCAAACAAGCCGCCUCCGAUAUGUCUAAGGUGCUUCAAGUGGAUCUAAUUGCAGAAGAAGAAGCACAAUCAAAUUCAAAUCCAUCAUCUUCUUCAUCAAACCCUAAUUCCUCCUUCGGCUUAUUCUCCAGAGAAUUCGCUCGCCGUCACGGUCUCCACCUGCUUGGAACAACUACCACAUGGUUCCUCCUCGACAUCGCCUAUUACAGCAGCAACCUCUUCCAAAAAGACAUCUACACCGCAAUCGGAUGGAUUCCCGCCGCCGAAACAAUGAACGCAAUCCACGAAGUCUUCACCGUCUCCAAAGCUCAAACCCUAAUCGCUCUUUGCGGCACCGUCCCUGGUUACUGGUUCACCGUCGCAUUCAUCGAUAUACUCGGUCGAUUCUUCAUCCAGUUGAUGGGAUUCAUCUUCAUGACGAUCUUUAUGUUCGCUUUAGCGAUUCCUUAUGAUCAUUGGAGACAUAGAGAGAAUCGAAUUGGUUUUUUGAUCAUGUAUUCGUUGACGAUGUUUUUCGCGAAUUUUGGACCUAAUGCGACGACGUUUGUUGUUCCUGCUGAGAUUUUUCCGGCGAGGUUGAGAUCGACUUGUCAUGGGAUAUCUGCGGCUUCUGGUAAGGCGGGUGCGAUUGUUGGAGCUUUUGGGUUUCUUUACGCGGCGCAGAGUUCUGAUUCGGAGAAGACUGAUGCUGGUUAUCCUCCUGGGAUUGGUGUUAGAAAUUCGUUGUUGAUGCUUGGUGGUGUUAAUUUCUUGGGGAUUGUUUUCACUCUGUUGGUUCCGGAGUCGAAAGGGAAGUCUUUGGAAGAGAUUUCGAGAGAAGAUGAGGAACAGAACGGCGGAGAUGCGGUGGUGGAGAUGACUGCAGCAAAUUCCGGUAGAACAGUUCCGGUGUGAUUCUUUUUUUUGUUAUACGCAUUUUGUAAUUUUGAUAUAUGAAAGUCCUUUGAAUAAAGAUUUUAGAUACUC